GCUGGCCGCGCAUUCCUAGCUCGGGUGCGGGGCGGCUGCCUGCGGGUGCCCGUCCCUGAGGAGCCAGCCAGCCCGCCCGCCGGCCCACGCGAGGCGCAGCGAGGGAGCCGCCCACCCCGUCGGCAUGGGCCCGCCAAGGCCCGCGCUGCUGCUGCUGCUGCUGGCGGCCGCCGGCGCCUGGGCGCAAGACGAGGUGCUGGAAAACGUCAGCCCCGGCUGCCCAAAAGGAGCAACUCGAUUCAAGCACCUCCGGAAGUAUGUGUACAACUAUGAGGCUGAGAGUUCCAGUGGUGUUCCUGGGGCCACUGAUGCAAGAAGUACCACCAGGAUCAACUGUAAGGUUGAACUGGAGGUGCCCCAACUGUGUAGCUUCAUCCUCAAGACGAGCCAGUGCGCGCUGAAGGAGGGGUAUGGCUUCAACGCUAGGGGGAAGCCGUUGCUGCACAAGACCAGCAACUCUGAGGAGUUUGCUGCUGCCAUGUCCAAGUACGAACUCAGGCUGGCCAUUCCUGAAGGGAAGCAAGUUUUACUUUACCCAGAGAAAGAGGAGCCUAAACAUAUCCUGAACAUCAAAAGGGGCAUCAUUUCUGCCCUCCUGGUUCCUCCAGAGACAGAAGAGGAUGAGCAAGUGUUGUUUCUGGAUACUGUGUAUGGAAACUGUUCCAGUGACUUAACUGUUAAAACAAAGAAGGCAAAUGUGGCAACAGGAAUCUCCAUCGAAAGAAACCUGGAGAAGUGUGAUCGCUUCAAGCCCAUUAGCACAGGAGUUAGCCCACUUGCUCUCAUCAAAGGCAUGAUCGGCCCCUUGUCAACUCUGAUUAGCAGCAACCAGUCCUGCCAGUACACUCUGGACCCCAAGAAGAAGCAUGUGUCAGAAGCCAUCUGUAAGGAGCAACACGUGUUCCUGCCUUUUUCCUACAAGAAUAAGUAUGGGAUGAUGGCACAGGUUACACAGACAUUGAAACUUGAAGAAACACCUAAGAUCAACAGCCGCUUCUUUGAUGAAGGUACCGAGGAGGUGGGUCUGGCCUUUGAGAUCACCAAAUCCACAUCACCCCCAAAGCAGGCCGAGGCCAUUGUGAAGACUCUCCAGGAACUGCAAACAUUACACGUCUCUGACCAGAAUGCCCAGAGAGCUAACCUCUUCAAUAAACUGGUUACUGAGCUGAGAGGCCUCAACAAUGAGGCAAUCACAUCCCUCUUGCCAAAGCUGAUCCAGGUGUCCAGCCCCGUCACCUUACAAGCUUUGAUUCAGUGUGGACAGCCCCAGUGUUACACUCACAUCCUCCAGUGGCUGAGAAGUGAGAAGGCCAACCCCCUUCUGACAGAUGUUGUGACCUACCUGGUGGCCCUGAUGCCAGAGCCCUCGGCCGAGAGGCUGCAGGAGAUCUUCAGCACAGCAAAGGAGCAGCAGAGCCGGACCACUUUAUAUGCUCUGGGUCACGUGGUCAACAACUAUCAUGAGACAAACCCUGUGGUGACCCAGGCCCUGCUGGACAUUGCUGAUUACCUGUUGGAACAGAUUCGCGAUGAUUGCACUGGGAAUGAAGAUCACACCUACUUGAUUCUGAGGGUCAUUGGAAAUACUGGCAGAACCAUGGAGACAGUAUCCCCAAGACUCACGUCUUCGAUCCUGAAAUGUAUCCAAAGUUCAGAGCCAUCACUGCUGAUUCAGAAGGCUGCCAUCCAGGCCCUGCGGAAAAUGGAACUUAAAGAUGAGGUCCGGGAAGUCCUUCUUCAGGUUUUCCUCAGUGAUGCCUCUCCAGGGGAUAAGCGACUGGCUGCCUAUCUCAUGCUGAUGAAGAGCCCUUCCCAGUCAGAUAUUAAUCAAAUUGUCCAGUUUCUCCCAUGGGAACAGAAUGAACAAGUGAAGAACUUUGUGGCUUCCCACAUCACCAACAUCUUAAACUCAGAAGAACUGUAUAUCAAAGACUUGAAAAGCUUAGUGGAAGAUGCUUUGAAAGGAUCUCAACUCCCAACCAUCAUGGACUUCACAAAAUUUUCCCGGAACUACCACCUCUCCAAAUCUGUUUCCCUUCCAUCACUUGACCCGGUCUCAGCCAAAAUUGAAGGAAAUCUUAUAUUUGAUCCAAAUAAUUACCUUCCUAAAGAAAGCAUGCUGAAAACAACCCUCACUGUCUUUGGAUUUGCUCCAGCGGACCUCUUUGAGAUUGGUUUGGAAGGAAAAGGCUUUGAGCCAACAUUGGAAGCUCUUUUUGGAAAGCAAGGAUUUUUCCCAGACAGUGUCAACAAGGCUUUGUACUGGGUGGAUGGCCAAGUUCCUGAUCAUGUCUCCAAGGUCUUGGUGGACCAUUUUGGCUAUACCAAAGGUGAUAAACAUGAGCAGGACAUGGUCAAUGGAAUUAUGCUCAAUAUUGAGAAACUGAUCAAAGAUUUGAAAUCCAGAGAAUUCCCAGAAGCCAGAGCCUACCUCCGCAUCCUGGGAGAGGAGCUUGGCUUUGUCAGGCUCCAUGACCUCCAGCUCCUGGGAAAGCUGCUGCUGAAUGGUGUUCGCACUCUGCAGGGGGUCCCCCAGAUGAUUGGAGAGGCCAUCAAGAAAGGUUUAAGGAGCGACUUGUUUCUUCACUACAUCUUCAUGGACAACGCCUUUGAACUCCCCACCGGACUUGGGUUACAACUGCAAAUCUCCUCCUCUGGAGUCAUCACUCCUGGAAUCAGGGGUGGAAUGAAGCUGGAAGUAGCCAGUAUGCAGGCAGAGCUGAUGGCAAAGCCCUCUGUGUCCGUGGAGUUUGUGACAAAUAUGGACAUCAUCAUCCCGGACUUUUCAAGGACGGGGAUCCAAAUGAACACCAACUUCUUCCACGAGACAGGCCUGGGUGUGCAAGUUGCCAUGAAAGCCGGGCAGCUGAAGUUCACAGUUCCGUCUCCUACGAGGCCAAUCAGGCUGUUCAGUGGCAGUAACACGUUGCAUUUGGUCUCUACCACCAAAACACAAGAGGUUCCACCUCUCACUGAGAACAGGCAGUCCUGGUCGACUUGCAAGCCUCUCUUUACUGGCCUGGACUACUGCACCUCGGGCUCUUACUCCAACGCCAGUUCCCCAGAAGCCACCUCCUACUGUCUGCUGCCCGGGGGCACCAGGUUUGCUCUGGAACUGAAGCCCACUGGAGAAGUAGAACAGUAUUCUGCCAGCGCAACCUACGAACUGCAGAGAGAGGGUGGAAUCUUGGUGGACACCCUGAAGUUUGUAACUCAGACCGAAGGUGUGAAGCAGUCUGAGGCUACUAUGAUGUUCAAAUAUAACCGGCAGAGUAUGACUUUGUCUAGUGAAAUCCAAAUUCCAGAUUUUGAUGUUGACCUUGGGACAGUCCUCAGAGUUCGUGAUGAAUCUGCUAUGGAAAAAAAGUCUUACAAGCUCACUUUGGACAUCCAGAACAAGAAAAUCACUGAGGUCACUCUUACCGGCCACAUAAGCUACGACAGAAGUGAAGAAGGCAAAAUCAAAGGUGUUAUUUCCAUACCCCGUCUGCAAGCAGAAGCCAGAAGUGAAAUCCUCACCCACUGGUCUCCCACAAAACUACUCUUCCAAAUGGACUCGUCUGCUACAGCUUAUGGCUCAACAAUUUCCAAGAAGCUGGCAUGGCGUUAUGAUGAAGAGAAGAUUGAGUUUGAAUGGAACACAGGCACCAACGUGGAUACCAAAAAAGCAGCUUCUAACUUCCCCCUGGAUCUCUCUGAUUAUCCUAAAAGCUUGCAUAUGUAUGCCAACAGUCUCUUGGAUCACAGAGUUCCUCAAACAGACAUGACUUUCCGGCACAUGGGUUCCAAAUUAAUAGUUGCAACAAAUGCAUGGCUACAGAAGGCAUCUGGGAGUCUUCCUUAUGCUCAGAACUUGCAAGAUCACCUCAGUGGCCUAAAAGAAUUGUACCUCCAGAAAAUGGGAUUGCCAAACUUCCACAUCCCAGAAAACCUCUUCUUGAAAAGUGAUGGCCGGGUCAAAUACACAUUGAACAAGAAUAGUGUGAAAAUCGAGAUUCCUUUGCCUUUUGGUGGCAAAUCCUCCAAAGAUCUAAAGAUGUUAGAGGCUAUUCGGACACCAGCCAUCAACUUCAAGUCGGUGGAAUUCUACCUGCCAUCUCAGGAAUUCCAAGUCCCCACUUUUACCAUUCCCAAGUCGUAUCAACUGCGAGUACCUCUCUUGGGUGUUCUAGACCUCUCUACGAGUAUCUACAGCAAUUUGUACAACUGGUCUGCCUCCUACAGUGGCGGCAACACCAGCACCAACCAUUUGAGGCUUCAGACUCAGUACUACAUGAAGGCUGACUCUGUGGUUGACUUGCUUUCCUACAGUGUGCAAGGAUCUGGAGAAACAACAUAUGACCACAAGAAUACAUUCACAUUGUCAUAUGAUGGGUCUCUACACCACAAAUUUCUGGAUUCAAAGAUGGUAUUCAGCCACACAGAAAAAAUUAGAAACAAUCCAGUCUCAAAAAGCUUGCUAACAUUUUAUGCUUCUAGUGCCUGGGGUCCUCAGAUGUCUGCUUCAGUACAUGUGGACUCAAAAAGGAAACAUCAUUUGUAUGUCAAGGAAGUCAAGAUCGAUGGGCAGCUCAGAGUCUCUUCAUUCCAUGCCAAAGGCACAUAUGAUCUAUCUUAUCAGAAGGAUUCUACCACUGGCCAGUUAAGUGGAGAGUCCAACCUGAGGUUUAACUCCUCCUACCUCCAGGGCACCAACCAGAUAACAGGAAGAUAUGAGGAUGGAAUUGUCUCCUUAACCUCCACCUCUAAUCUGCAAGGUGGCAUCAUUAAAAAUACUGCUUCCCUAAAAUAUGAGAACUAUGAGCUGACUAUGAAAUCUGACACAGAUGGGAAGUACGAGGACUUUGCCACUUCUAACAAAAUAGAUCUCACCUUCUCUGAGCAAAAUGCAUUGCUACGUUCUGAGUAUCAGGCUGAUUACAAGUCAUUGAGAUUCUUCACCCUACUUUCUGGAACACUCAAUUCCCAUGGCCUUGAAUUAAAUGCUGAUAUUUUGGGCACUGACAAAAGUAAUAGUGGUGUUCACAAAGCAACACUAAGGAUUACCCAAGAUGGAAUGUCUACCAGUGCAACGAGUAACUUGAGGUAUAGUCCACUGGUGCUGGAGAAUGAGCUGAAUGCGGCACUUGGCCCCUCUGGAGCAUCUGUGAGACUAACAACGAAUGGCCGCUUCAGGGAACACAAUGCAAAAUUCAGCCUAGAUGGAAAAGCUGCCCUCACAGAGGUGUCCUUGGGAAGUGUUUAUCAGGCCAUGAUUUUGGGUCUUGACAGCAAAAAUAUCUUUAACUUCAAAAUCAGCCAGGAGGGACUUAAGCUUUCAAAUGACAUGAUGGGCUCUUAUGCUGAAAUGAAGCUUGACCACACGAACAACCUGAACAUCGCAGGGUUGUCACUGGACUUCUCUUCAAAACUUGACAACAUUUAUAGCUCUGACAAGUUUUAUAAGCAAAAUUUUAACUUACAGCUACAGCCCUAUUCUCUUGUAACUACUUUAAACAAUGACCUGAAAUUCAGCGCUCUGGAUCUAACCAACAGUGGGAAAUUACGACUAGAGCCCCUGAAGCUGAAUGUGGGUGGGAACAUAAAAGGAGUCUACCAAAAUAAUGAAAUAAAACACAUCUACACCAUUUCUUAUGCUGACUUAUCCGCAAGUUGUAAGACAGACACCGUAGCUAAGGUGCAGGGUACAGAGUUCAGCCAUCGGCUCAACACAAACAUCGCUGGGCUGGCUUCAGCCAUUGACAUCAGUACAAACUACAAUUCUGACUCACUCCAUUUCAGCAACGUUUUUCACUCUGCAAUGGCGCCAUUUACAAUGACCAUCGACGCACAUACAAAUGGCAAUGGAAAACUGAGUUUCUGGGGAGAGCAUACUGGUCAGCUGUAUAGCAAAUUCCUGUUGAAAGCAGAACCUCUGGCCCUUACUGUCUCUCAUGAUUACAAAGGAUCCACAAAUCACCAUCUUCCAUUGAAGAGCAGCAUCAGUGCUUCUCUUGAUCACAAAGUCAGUGCCCUGCUCACUCCGGCUGAGCAGACAGCCACCUGGAAACUCAAGACCCAGCUGAACAAAAAUGAAUACAGCCAGGACUUCGAUGCUUACAAUACGAAAGACAAAGUUGGUGUGGAGCUUAGAGGACAAGCCCUGGUUGACUUUGCCAUGCUAGACUUCUCAAUUCAAGUGCCAUUUUUCCUCAGUGAACCCACCAACAUAAUCGAUGCUUUAGAGAUGAGGGAUGCUACUGACCAGCCUCAGGAAUUCACUGUUGUUGCUUUUGUAAAAUAUGAUAAGAAUCAAGAUGUUCACACCAUCAACCUCCCAUUCUUUAAAAUCUUGCCAGAAUAUUUUGAGAAGAAACGAAUGGUCAUUAUAAUGGCACUGGAAACCAUACAGAGAGAAUUGAAAGUCAUCAAUAUUGAUCAAUUUAUGACGAAAUACAGAGAAGCCUUGGACAAACUCCCACAGCAAGUUAAUGAUUAUCUGAAUGCAUUCAACUGGGAGAGUCAAGUUGCGAGUGCCAAGGAAAAACUAAGUGCUUUCACAAAAAAUUACAGAAUGACAGAAAAUGAUCUACAAAUUGCAUUGAACAAUACCAAAAUCAACCUCAAUGAAAAACUAUCUCAACUACAAACAUAUGUGAUACAAUUUGAUCAGUAUAUUAAAGAUAAUUAUGAUUUACGUGAUUUUAAAACAGCUAUUGCUGAGAUUAUUGAUCAAAUCAUUGAAAAAUUAAAAACUCUUGAUGAACAUUACCAUAUCCAUGAAAAUUUAGUAAAAACAAUCCAUGAUGUAUAUUUGUUUAUUGAAAAGAUUGAUUUUAACAGAAUUGGAAGUAGUCCUGCAUCUUGGAUUCAAAAUGCGGAUACUAGGUAUCAAAUCAGAAUCCAGAUGCAAGAAAAAUUGCAACAGCUCAAGACACAGAUUCAGAAUGUAGACAUGCGGCACCUUGCUGAACAGUUAAAACAACAGGUUGAGGCUAUGGAUGUUAGAGUUCUUUUACAUAAGUUGAGAACUACAAUUCCAUUUCAAAGAGUAAAAGAAAUUAUUGAGCACAUCAAAUACUAUGUUAUCCAUCUCAUGGAAGAUUUUGUAGUAGUUGACAAAAUCAAUGCUUUUGGAGCCAAGGUCCGUAAGUUAAUUAAGAUGUAUAAAAUAGACCAACACAUCCAGGUUUUAAUGGAUACAUCAGUACAGUUGGCCCAUAAAUAUCAGUUGAAGGAGACUGUUGAGAAGCUAAGUAGUGUCUUACAACAAGUUAACAUAAAAGAUCACUUUGAGAAAUUGGUUAGGCUUAUUGAUGAUGCUAUCAAGCAACUUAAAGCACUGUCUUUUAAAAAAAUCAUUGAAGAAGUAAACAGAUUCCUUGACAUGUUGAUAAAGAAAUUAAGGUCAUUUGAUUAUCACCAGUUUGUAGAUGAAACCAAUAACAAAAUCCGCGAAGUGACUCAGAGAAUCAAUGGUGAAAUCCAGGCCCUGGCACUUUCAGAGAAAGCUAUAGCACUAACACUGUUUGUGGAGGACAUCAAGGCCAUGGUCUCAGUCCAUCUGGAAAACACAAAGGACAUUCAAAUAACCUUAUUCUUUGAUUGGUUACAGGAGGCUUUAAGUGCAGUAUUUUUAACUUCCAUGAAAGCCAAAUUCCAAGAGACUCUCGAAGAUAUACGAGACAGAGUGUAUCAAAUGGACAUUCAGCAGGAAGUUCAGCGAUACCUGUCCCUGGUUGGCCAGGUUUACAGCACACUUGUCACUUAUAUUUCUGAUUGGUGGAGUCUCGCUGCUAAGAACCUUACUGACUUUGCAGAACAGUAUUCUCUCCAAGACUGGGCUGGAAACCUGAAAGCAUUGGUAGAACGAGGGUUCACUAUUCCUGAAAUCCAGACCAUCUUUGGGACCAUCCCUGCCUUUGAAGUCAGUCUCCGUGCUCUUCAGGAAGCUACAUAUCAGACUCCUGACAUCAUAGUCCCCCUGACAGAUUUGAAGAUUCCAUCAGUUCAGAUCAACUUCAAAAGUUUGAAGGAUAUAAAAAUCCCAUCCAGGUUUGCCACACCAGAGUUUACUGUCCUGAAUACAUUCCAUGUUCCUUCUUUUACCAUUGACUUGGUAGAAAUAAAAGUUAAGAUCAUCAGAACCAUUGACCAAAUGCUGUCCAGUGAGCUGCAGUGGCCAGUUCCGGAAAUACACCUGAGGGACCUGAAGGGGUUGGACACCAUUCUUGCUGGAAUCACUGUGCCAGACUUCUAUUUUCCAGAAAUUGCAAUUCCAGAAUUCAUAAUCCCAAAUCUUGAUUUAAAAAAUUAUCAAAUUCCUGACCUUCACAUACCAGAAUUUCAGCUUCCCCACCUGUCACACACAGUUGAAGUCCCUUCUUUUGGCAAGCUGCAUGGCAUUUUGAAAAUCCAAUCUCCCCUUUUCAUAUUAGAUGCAAAUGCCAACAUUCAGAAUGCAACUACUUCAGGGAACAAGGCGGAGAUUGCAGCUUCCAUCACUGCCAAAGGAGAGUCCAAAUUAGAAGUUCUCAAUUUUGAUUUUCAAGCCAAUGGACAGCUUUCAGACUCUAAUAUUAAUCCACUGGUUAUGAAGCAAUCCAUGAGGUUCUCCAGCAAGUACAUAAAAACAGAGCAUGAGAGUGAAGUGCUGUUUUUUGGAAAUGCUGUUGAGGGAAAAUCAAAUACAGUGGCGGGUUUACACACAGAAAAAAAUAUGCUGGAAUUUGGUAAUGGUGUGCUUGUCAGGAUAAACAAUCAGCUUACUUUGGACAGCAACACAAAGUACUUCCACAAAUUGAACAUCCCCAAAUUGGACUUCUCCAGCCAGGCUGAGCUGCGUAAUGAAAUCAAAACCCUGUUGGAAGCUGGGCACGUAGCAUGGACUUCUUCUGGAAUAGGGUCAUGGAAAUGGGCCCACCAGACAUUCUCAGAUGAAGGAGCACAUGAAUCACAAGUUAGCUUUACUGUGGAAGGACCCAUCACAUCCUUUGGAUUGUCUAAUAAGAUCAGUAGCAAGCAUCUAAGACUAAGCCAAAACUUGGUUUAUGAAUCUGGCUUCCUCGACUUUUCUAAAUUUGAAAUCCAGUCACAGGUUGAAUCCCAGUAUGUGGGCCGCAGUGUUCUAGCCGCUAAAGGCACAGCAUUGCUUGGAGAAAGGAAGGCAGAGAUAACUGGUAACCAUGACGCUCAUUUAAAUGGAAAAGUUAUUGGAACUUUGAAAAAUUCUCUUUUCUUUACAGCACAGCCAUUUGAGAUUACUGCAUCCACAAACAAUGAAGGGAAUUUGAAAGUUAGUUUUCCAUUAAAAUUGAUAGGGAAGGUAGACUUCCUGAAUAAUUAUGCACUGUUUUUGAGUCCUAGUGCCCAGCAAGCAAGCUGGCAAGCAAGUGCCAGGUUCAAUCAGUAUAAGUACCAUCAAAACUUCUCUGCUGGAAACAGUGAGAACAGCAUUGAGGUCCACGUAGGAAUAAAUGGAGAAGCCAAUCUGGAUUUUCUGAACAUUCCUCUAACAAUUCCUGAAAUGACUCUACCUUACACAGUGCUCACAACUCGUCAGGUGAAAGAUUUCUCCUUAUGGGAAAAAACAGGCUUGAAGGAAUUCUUGAAGACAACAAAGCAAUCGUUUGAUUUAAGUGUAAAGGCUCAGUAUAAGAAAAACAAAGACAAGCAUUCCAUCCCAAUCCCUUUUUAUGUAAAAGAUUUCCAGGCAGUGAGUACCCCAAACAAUAUUUUAAUUCCAGCCAUGGGCAAUAUUACCUAUGACUUUUCCUUUAAGUCAAGUGUCAUCACACUGAAUGCCAAUGCUGGACUUUAUAACCAGUCAGAUAUUGUUGCUCAUUUUGUUACUUCCUCUUCUUCCGUCACUGACACACUGGAGUACAAAUUAGAGGGCACCUCAAGUUUGACAAGGAAAAGAGACUUAAAGCUAGCCACAGCUUUGUCUCUGAGUAAUAAAUUCAUGGAAGGCAAUCAUGACAGUACUAUUAGUCUGACCAAGAAAAGCAUGGAAGCAUCAGUGACAACAUCUGCAAAAGUCCAAAUUCCCAUUUUGAAAAUGAAUUUCAAACAAGAACUUAAUGGAAAUACCAAGUCAAAGCCUACUAUCUCUUCAUCCAUUGAGUUAACAUAUGAUUUCAAUUCUCCCAAACUUUACUCUACUGCUACUGGGGCAGUUGACCACAAGCUCAUUUUAGAAAGCCUUACCUCUUACUUUUCUGUUGAGUCAUCUACCAAAGGAGAUAUCAAGGGUUCAGUCCUUUCACGGGAAUAUUCAGGAACUAUUGCCAGUGAGGCCAGCACUUAUUUGAAUUCCAAGAGUACUAGGUCUUUAGUGAAGCUGCAAGGGGCUUCCAAAGUCGAUGGUAUCUGGAACCUUGAAGUAAAAGAAAAUUUUGCUGGAGAAGCCACUAUCCGACGCAUCUAUGCCAUCUGGGAACACAAUACGAAAAACCAUUUACAGCUAGAGGGCUUGUUUUUAACAUCUGGAGAGCAUACAAGCAAAGCCACCCUGGAACUCUCCCCAUGGAAAAUGUCAGCCCUUGUUCAGGUCCGUGCAAGUCAGCCCAAUUCCCUCCUUGAUAUCAAUUACCUUGGCCAGGAUGUGUCCCUGAAUGCUAACUCUGAGCAUCAGAAGGUCAGCUGGAAAAGUGAGGUCCAGGUUCAUUCUGGGUUUUUCCAGAACAAUGUACACCUUUCCAAUGACCAAGAAGAAGCACGCCUUGACAUUGCAAGUUCCUUAAAAGUGUCUCUGUGGUUCCUCAAAGACAUUGCCCUACCAGUUUAUGACAAGAGCUUAUGGGACCUCCUAAAGCUAGAUGUAACCACCAGCAUUGAUAGAAAACAGUAUCUUCGUGCUUCGACUUCUCUCGUGUACACCAAAAACCCCAAUGGCUAUCAUUUCUCUGUCCCUGUGCAAGAAUUGGCUGAUAAAUUCAUUGUUCCCAGACUGAAAUUAAAUGGCCUAAGUUCAGGUCUUGUCAUACCUACAUUCCAAGUCCCAUUUACUGAUCUUCAGGUUCCAUCCUACACAUUUGAUUUCAGUGAAAUAAAAAUCUACAAGAAGCUAAGCACUUUGCCAUUUGCCCUCAGUAUACCAACACUACCCAAAGUGAAAUUCCCCAAAGUUGAUGUGUUAACAAAAUAUUCUGAACCAGAAGAUGCCUCAGUUCCCUUUUUUGAAAUAACUAUACCUGCAUCUCAGUUAACUGUGUCCCAAUUCACCCUUCCAAAAAGUAUUUCAGUUGGCAGUGCUGUUGAGUAUCUAAAUGAGGUGGCCAGCAAGAUUGCAGACUUUGAGUUGCCAACUAUUACCAUGCCUGAGCAGACUAUUGACAUUCCUUCCAUCAAGUUCUCUGUACCUGCUGGAAUUUUCAUACCCUCCUUUGGAGCACUGACUGCGCAUUUUGGAGUGGCCUCUCCCCUGUAUAAUGCUACUUGGAGCACUGGUUUGAAAAACAAAGUAGAAUACGUUGAAACAUUCCUGAAUUCCACGUGCAGUUCAACCAUUCAGUUCCUGGAAUAUGAUCUAAAUGUUGUGGGAACACACAAAAUUGAAGAUGGCGUGUUAUUCUAUAGGACAAAGGGAACAUUCGCACACCAUGACAUCAGUGCGGAAUAUAAAGAAGAUAACAAAUAUCGAGGACUUUGGGACUGGAAAGAAGACAUUCGUCUUGACAUCACCAGCCCAACAUUCACUGAUGUCCAUCUGCACUACCAACUAAAUAAGAAUAGCCUCUCCUCCUCAGUGUCCUCCCCAGCCAUAGGCACUGUGGCCUUGGACUUGGAAGGCAAUAACAAUACCUUAAAAUGGAACUUGUACUACCACCCUCAGUCGUCUCUGGAUAAAAAACUCAACAUAUUCAAAACUGAGUGGAGGUACCAGGAAUCUGAUGAUAAAAGUCAGAUCAAAGUCAGCUGGGAAGAAGAGGCAGUGUCUGAACUACUAAGCUCUCUCAAAGACAAUGUGCCCAAGGCCACCGGGGUCCUUUAUGACUAUGCCAACAAGUAUCACCAGGAGUACACAGGACUCAAUCUGAGAGAUGCUUCUUUAAAAUUGAGAAGAAGUCUGCAGAACAGUACUGAGUGGGCCUAUCAAAGCACCAUGAGGCAGACUGAUGAGGUAGAUAUGGGGCUCCAGAGGGUAGCCAGGGCCACCACUAGAACCUACCAGCAGUGGAAGGACAAAGCCCAGGAUCUGUACCAUGAACUGUUGGCUCAGGAGGGCCAAGCUGAUUUCCAGGGACUCCAGAAUAAGGUGUUUGACAGAUUAAUGGGAGUUACUCAGGAAUACAAAGACAAAGUCAGUCAUCAGGUUGACUCAUUGAUUGACUUCCUAAAGUUCACCAGAUUCCAGCUCCCAGGAAAAGCCGGGACAUACUCUAGAGAUGAACUCUUCACUAUGGUCAUGAGGGAAGUAGGGCAGGUGCUGUCACAGGUAUAUUCAAAAAUCCAUAGUGGGUUAGAAAUACUGUUUUCCUAUUUCCAAGACCUGAUGGAUAAAUCUGAGCUAAUCAAGGAUGUAGAGAUUAAAUUUCCUUUUAAUUCAGAGAGCUAUAAACUAAGAGAUGUUGUCUUGGAGUUUGGGAACCUGUUGAAAUCUUUAUCACAAAAGAUCCAGGAUGCACUUAAUAACCUUCAGUCUAUCAAGACUACAGAGAUGCUAAGUCAUCUUCAGAGAUAUUUAGAAAGAGCUUUCCAAGAGAUAGGAGAAGAAAUUCAACGCUUAAAGGGAAAGAAAUUUACUUAUCUCAUUAAUGAUAUUCAACACGUGAUCAAUAGAAUCUUCAAAAAAUAUAUUCCAACUGCUUUUACAUUCCUGAAAAUUAACUUUGACAAGUUUAAUGAACUUGUCCAAAACCAACUCCAGGAAGCUUCUCAACAGUUACAACAGCUCCAUCAGCUCAUAAAGGAUCUUCACAAAGAAUAUGUUGAUCCAACUGUGGUCAGCUGGACAUCAAGGUAUUAUGAACUUGAAGAAAAGAUCAUCAGCUUGAUCAAGAACCUAGUGGAUGUCCUUAUGGACUUCCAUUCCAAAUACACUAUCAGUACUGCUGGUUUGACUUCCCAACUCUCAAAUCAAGUUGAGCAGUUUGUGCAGAAAGAUAUCCAAGAAUACCUUAGCAUCCUUACUGAUGCAGAUGGAAAAGGGAAAGAGAAGAUUGCAGAGCUUUCUACCAGUGCUCAGGAAAUAAUUAAAAGCCAGGCCACUGCAAUGAAGGAAAUCAUUUCUGAUUACCACCAGCAGUUCAGAUAUAAACUACAGGAUUUUUCAGACCAACUCUCUGAUUACUAUGAAAAAUUCAUUACUGAGUCCAAAAGAUUGAUUGACCUGUCCACUCAAACAUACCACAUGUUUCUGAGAUAUAUCACUGAAUUACUUAAAGAGCUACAAUCGGCCACAGUCAAUAACAUGAUCCCCUCCAUAAAGGUUUCUCCAGGAGAAUUUACUAUCACCUUUUAAUUUCUUAUGCAAUUCUCAUUUAUUCUUCCAUUCCUAUUAAACUUUAAUAUAGUAGGGGGAAAACUCAAACUGUAUGUAUUAAUAUAACUAUACAGUGAGCCAGCCUCGUGGCAAGCAGCUGACUAUAAGCAGAAGCACACAUGAACUGGGUCUGCAUUGAAGCUGGCGUCAGAUCGCUAAAGGUCUCUGAACUCUGGGAAGUAACUUUUUUUUGCAAGUUAAAGAAAAUCAGUAUCUGAGUUAUUUUACUAAACUUGGGGGAGGGAAAACAAAUAAAUGAAUUCUUUAUUGUGUAUCAUA